AACAAGGAGAUUAUCUCUUUCUUACCUGCAGAAUGUCAUGCUGCAGCUCAAAUAAAGGCACUUUAAGAAGGGAGAGAAGAACUGUGUACGUAAGAGAAAACUGAGAGACAGCAAAAUGAAAGGGGAAAAAUGUUAACAGUCUAGCAGGCUUGGUCAGACCACGGUUGGUGAUGGAGGAAGACUAGUUCCAGUGCCCAGUCUCAGUGAAGCUGAUAAAUACCAACCUCUGAGCCUUGUGAUUAAGAAAAGAAAGUGUUUGCUUUCAAAAAAAUCUAAAUUUGCAUCAACACCUUUCACAUUAAAAGACAUUCUUCAAGGGGAGAAAGAAAUUUCUGCAGGUGUCUCAUCUUACCAGUUGCUCAAUUAUGAAGACAAAUCGGAUGUUACGCUCAAUGGUAGAAGAGGAAAUCAGAUAAUGAACGAUGUUGGUUUUGAUGUUGCUGGAUCAGAUUCUGUUGCCUUUAAAGCUUCAUUUGGCAUAGUGACCAAACAUGAGGUUGAAGUACCGACAUUACUUAAAGAACUCACUACAAGAAAAAUAAACUUUGAUCACUGUCUAGUACAUCAAUCAAGAAAAAGUAGGAUGGAGAUUUUGUGCGUGGUCAUGGAAAGUAUUAGGACUACAAGGCAGUGCUCAUUAACUGUCCAUACUGGAAUGCGUGGAGAAACAAUGAGGUUUCACAUUAUUGAAGACCAAAAUUAUAAAGGACGGGACAAAGCCAUUGUUUUUCCUGCACAUACAACAAUUGCUUUUAGUGUAUUUGAGCUUUAUAUUCAUUUGGAUGGUAAUUUUGAACUAUGUGUGACUCCAAUUUCAAAAGGAGGAUUUGAAAAAGAGAAAUCCAGAUCAUCUUCAAUGAACAAAUUAAGGAUGUUAAAGAGUAAUCUCUUCCAUCGAAAUAAAAGAGUAGUGGGUACCAUCGUUAACUCUGAUGUUUACUUGGAGGACAUUUUUACAGACUAUUAUGAAAAAGCUGCAAGCCUGACCGAUCUUUCUACAAGCUAUCUCAGAGAAGGGGCUCAUAUCCGGAUUAAUUUACUUCAUAAUAACAUCCCGAAAGGUCCCUGUGUCCUUUGUGGAAUGGGAAGUUCUAAAAGGGAGACAGUCUAUGGAUGCCUAGAGUGUUCUUUUAAUGGACAAAAGUAUGUACGACUGCAUGCUGUGCCCUGUUUUGACCUCUGGCAUAAGAGAGUGAAGUAACUGAUGUAGGUAAGUGCCUAUUGCAGACAUGGGCAUAAAUAACUGUGCCACAGACUUUUCAGAAUUAGUAAAUGUGACUCAUUUUGUUUAAAUGCAAAAUAGUGAAAGUGCAAAACUUUUUAUAACACUAUUAUAUUCAAAUGAUUUGCUUCACAAUGACCUUAAUUACUUGAAAAUGUCCUAAUGCAUUCCCUGACAUUUUGCUUUUCCUUUUUCUAGUACCUUCUCAUUGUAUUAUCAUAAUUAAAAAUGUGCUUUUAAACUGUAUUUUCAUAAUGUCAAAAUAUAUGCUAGAACCUACCUAUAAGUAAGUUGUUUACAUAAAUUUGUUGUUAAACCCCAAAAUGUUGCCUUUAUCUACACUGGCAUAGAAUGGUAAAAUGAGAAUAUUUGUUAAUAAUUUAGUGUUCUCAUGAAUGUUUCAUUGAAGUAUCAGAUUAAAAAACAUGCUAAAGCUUAGCUCCGUCUAAUGUUUCAUUCACAAAAGGGAACUAAAACUGGGGAUGGGAGUUUCAUAUUAGAGUGUCUUUACUAAUAAGUACCAGCCAGUCUACCUUUUUUGAGUUUUUUUUUUAGGUCAUAGCUACUCAUGACUUUCAUACCAUUUAUGUGUUCAGAAAAAAGUGUUUAGCAGGAAAUGUUUAUGAAAGUUACAAAGAUAACAGAACUAAAUCCUUCCAACUAGACUUCCGGCUGAUGGUCUUCAUCUAUAGAUCUCAACUAUGACAAAUUAAGUUUGUGAUGUUAAGAAUAUAUACUCCAGGGGCCACUAGAGAAUAGCACCCAAUACAGAGAUUGGGAGUGCUGUUGAGUGUACUGUUCAAACCUUCCCCACGCUAUGUUAAAGCAGAAAGACAAUUAAAUUUUAUUUGUAUGUUUUAUAAUGGUUUUAAGAUAAGUCAUAUAUAGAAAUCUUUUUGCCUAGGCUGCCAUUUUCACUGUGUACAUCUCCUUAUUUCAUGUUGAAAUAAAUGAUCAUUUUUCUCACUAGAAAGGUACAUUACGGAAGUGUUGUGAUGACAUCUACAUACACAGAACAGCUCAUUAAGCGGAAGUACCGUAUAUUAACUAUCAGUGUUAGUUUGCAUUUUUCCAAAGUGAGGGAAAACAGAUUCAUGCCCAGAUAAUUACCUUAUAUAGAAUAUCUCCUAUCAUCUUCCACCUCAUUCAAAUAAAAUAUGAUAUUGUAGAUUUUCAGCGUUGUGCUGCUGAACAAUCUGGCUAACUGCAUUAGUAAUUUUAUUACAAAGUUUAAAAACUUCGUUGAAAAUACUGUAUUUUCAUAAACACCAAACUUCAACUUAAUAUUAUAAAGAGGGUAUUUUAAGUUGCUUUAAAAACAUUUGUGGUUUUGUGUUGAAAUUCCACAGACAAGAUUCAUUUAUUUUAAGGCUUUUUAUAGACAAAUUUGCUGCAAUGGCCAAUGGCCUAUGCAGCGUUUUAAUGGAGUUACCUUCCUGGAAUUGUUUUCUCCUUUUAUUUUACAGGGAACUUAGAAGUAUUCAUCCAGUU